CGACCAUGUAAAUUGUUUCCACUGUGGUGUUGGUAUCCGCAAUUGGGAAAAGGGUGAUGACCCAUGGACAUAACACGCUAUGUGGAAUCCUGAGUGUCAUUAUGUUCGAACCUUAAUGGGACAAACAUUUAUCGAUACGGCAAAGACGGUCAAGAAUGUGCUUUUUAGAAAACCUACUCGUGAAAGAACUUAUUCUGUAACGGACGAAGAUUGGAAUGCUGUUAUGGGUCUGGAUAUCACCAAAGAUUUGCUGAUGUCACUCUUUCCAGUUGCUGCCGUCAGAGAUUGUGUUCGAGAACAGAUUCUAGUUCAUAAAAUCCCAUUUAUUACCAAACAUGAAGGUCUUUAUUAUGUGAGAGAGAAAAUAGUAGCAUACGGUAAUAUGGAUAUAACCUUAGCAAAAAAGAUCAGCCGUAUGAGCACGGAAUAUAUUCAAAAUUAUCAUGCGGUAUAUUCUGUGAUGUAUUUUUUGAUGGACCUUAAGAGAAUAUUCAUCAUGAAUCGAGAUAGGCUCCUGACAGUGUAA